AGCCCAGGCAGGAGAACCGCAUGAGCGGCGGAGCCCAGGAAGACAGAUGGUACUGAUGUAUGAAAUCGUAUGGGACGACAUGUAAUGAUCUCGCAAAGAUCUAAUAAGAGUAAAAUUGAUUUUCCAAAGAAGAACAACGAUCAAGAGUCAUAACUUGAGAAAAUAAACCCAAAGGAGUAGCCCAACGCACCACAAUGGUCCGAAUUGCGAUUGCUGGCGGCUCUGGCAAUGUCGGGCGAGAGAUCCUUGAUGCUUUGGUAGCUAGAGGCAAGCACGAAAUCUUGAUCCUGUCCAGAAAGGAUGACCCUGCCAACGAUUUUGGCUCAGGAGUUAAAUGGGUCAAGACAAGCUACAACGAUGUUGCCCAGUUGGCUCAAGUGCUAGAAGGAGUUCACACUGUUCUCUCUUUUGUCGCUGGACCUGUCGAUCCAACGAACGUCGCACAGAGAGAUACACAGAAGAAUUUGAUCGAUGCAUCGAUCAAAGCUGGCGUUAGACGAUUUGCCCCUAGCGAGUGGGCUUCUUCCAAACUCGAGCACAUGUUCUGGUACGGCUUCAAGGAAGAGACUCGAAAGUACCUCGCACGCAUCAACAAAGACAAGAAGGUCCUCGAAUACUGUCUGUUUCAACCGGGAUUGUUCACCAAUUACAUGACGUAUCCGUUCAACUCCUCCAAGCAUGUUCAGCUCUUUGAGACACCCUUCAACUUCUAUCAACGUCGCGCUCUAGUCAUCGAUGGAGGUGAAGAAGCCAUUAUUACCUUCACGACUGCGCAGGAUCUAGCUAGAGUAGUCGCUUUAGCUGUGGAGUAUGAAGGUGAGUGGCCUCUCAUCGGUGGGGUUCAAGGCGCCCAGGUGUCAGUCCGGCAGCUCAUUGCGCUAGGCGAGAAGAUCCGUGGCGGGCCGUUUGACGUGACCAAGCUCAAGUCCGACGACCUCAAGGCAGGGGUAGUCAAUGCCCCUUGGCUCCCUAAGGUUGAGCACCCAUCGAUUCCCCCCGAGACCUUGGGUGCCGUCGCUUCUAGCCUGCUUUCUGGCUUCUUGCAGGGUAUUGUGGCUGGUAAUCUGGAGUGCUCUGACGAGUGGAACCGUCUCCUACCCGGAUACGAGUUCACUCAGCCAGAAGACUUUCUCCCCACCGCAUGGGCGGAGAUUAAUGCGGGAGCCACGACCGUUUUCACGUCAUACUAGGGGAUUUGGGAUAUCCAGAGAGCCAUUGUCUUUAGCCAGUACUACAUGUACUCACGACCUUGUGGCAAAGGCACAGCAUUUGGGUCUUUGCUGAUAGCCCUUCAAGGCUCUAGAAAUAUCUAAUGACUAUGGCAUGGCAAAUUGGAAGGCUGAAGAUUGCUUUCGAUAGAACAUGCAAUGCAGACAAACUUAAGGACCACGCUGAAGACAU